AUGCUCGCCUUGUCAUUAUUGCGCUUGACGUUCCUCCUGCUAUCGUCCCUUAUUGCGGUUACUGCUGCUCCGCUGACGAGCAUGACAGAUAUGGCAGCACGGGUUGAAAAGCGUCAAGUAAAAAAUAUACUUGAAGCUAAAAUCUUGAUUGCACCCAAUAGUUGCGAAGAAUCUAGUAUAUAUUUCGGAAGAAAGAAUAACUUCCAGCCCGUCCGACAAGAUCAAAACACCGAAAUAUUCAAAGGCAAACAUUCGAUCGAGAAAACAUCUUACACGAACCCCAUUGCAAGUGUUAAAUUUGGAACCACCACCAGAAACAUGGUGUUCCAAGAUUUGGAGACAGUUGUGCAAGGUUCAUCCAAGUGGGACUAUAUUGCCAAGGCGAUGAAAUAUCUGCAGACAAAGGCUACAGAGAGUCAACUAGAAUUCAAAUUUGAGACCGGGGGAGAAGAGAGGUGGCAAAAAUUGCUGGAAAAGUGUGGCGGAAAGGGGUCGGAGCAGCAAGGAGAGCUGAAGACGUCGGGAGUGCACACUUCCAGUGGAUCAAAUGAAGAGAGGAAACCCUCGUACGGAGAAUUUGGAAAGAAAGGGAAAAUGCCUACUUUCACAGACAUUUUGGUAGGGGGGAGCGCAGGGGACGCCACGGAAAGCAAAGCUUGA